AUGGACGUGAAUUUGAUCGAAGAAAACCAUCAUCAGCACGAAGUCGGAUCGAAAUGGUCGCCACUGUUCGAGGACGGACCCGGGCCCAUCAACGUCACCGCCCGUAUCGGGUCCACGGUGCAAUUGAACUGUAAAAUCCAACUACUCUACGAUAAAACGGUGACAUGGGUUCAUCGAAAAUCAGAUGACAUCCAGUUGCUGACCGUGGGCCGUCAGGUGCAUAGCUCCGACCAAAGGAUAUCGUUGAGCUUCAGAUAUCCUAAUAACUGGAGACUUCAAAUCGUCUACAUAACAGACAGGGAUGAUGGGGUGUACGAGUGUCAAGUGGCAACACACCCACCGACUACCAAGAAAACAUACCUUAGAGUCGAUGUGCCCACUGUACGCAUGUCUGUAACCGGUACCGGUGAUGUGACCAGAGGCAGUAAUGACGUCUUCUACAAGACUGGUAGCACUCUGGAGAUCGUGUGCAAAGUUGUGCACGCCGGUAGCAACAACGGAUCCAAAGUUUCGUGGUUCAGAGGACGUCAAACGAUUUCAACCGGGAUCACUGAGAGGACCAGCAAUGAUUCUAGUUCUACGACAAUCGUGUCCACUCUGAAAAUCAAACAUGUACAGAAAACACAUUCGGGAAACUACACGUGCUUGGUUGGAUCGCCGUCAGCGUCAGCGGCCGUCACCAUCCAUAUACUUAACGGUAAGCAACUUUAUGUUUAA